GUUAAUCUCCUUGAUUAAAUAAUAAUGGCGCAUUACCGCUCGUACUACUCGGAGAAGGAUACCGACGACGACACCGACAUAUUCGACCAGUACGACCCGACGCCGUACGAGGGGGGAUACAACAUGGGAUUGACGUAUGGCCGGCCCUUACAGCCUUCGGAGGAGACGUGCUACCAUCACUCGUCGGGCUCGGCCUCUGAUAAUUACGAUGAGCCCGAGUUCUCGUCGUACAAUGAGCCGUCUGCGUACGACGACGAGGCUUUGGAAGAGGAGUACAGCAGCUACGCCCGACCGUCGUACGAGGGCGACCAGUUCCGGAAACAGAGAGGAGGGAGUAAAAGCGAGUCUUUUGACGACGAGGAGCGUACUCCUGCCGGCGAAGGUGGCUAUGGUCGCAAAAAAUUGUCUUCGUCGUGGUGGCCGGGAUGUUGUACUAGCGACCAAGCAAUUCAGUAGCUAACAUCCGUCGGGUAUUCAUAUCCUGUUCCAUCCUUCUUAAUUUGAUUUUAAAUUUGUCUCAAAUUAUGGUCGUUACAAAUGUAUGAGGAUCCUCUCCGCAUCCUCUUUGUGAGGAUCCCGUGGAUCCUUCAAUCACAUUCAUUCAUCGUAGUUUUCAUCAGAUAUUGUUUAUAUUCAAUUCUAAAUAAAAAAAUUUACAAUAAUUUCUGACUGUACGAUAUACGAUGAACGUACGUGAUUGGAGAAUCCUUGGAAUCCUAACAAAGAGGAUCCGUAGAGGAUCCUCAUUCAUUACAAAUGAUGUAUUGUCUCAACACCCUAUGAAUUAAGUUUUUGUUGUUUUAUUGCC